AUGUCGACCACGGGUCCCAUAAGUAAUUAUUAUGUGGACUCCUUGAUCAACCAUGAAAACGAGGACGUCCUUGCUGCGACUCGCUUCUCCGCGCCCGGUUCGCACCCAGCCGGCCCUCGACCGACGUCCCUAGUACCGGAGUGCUCCGACUACCCUUCCUGCAGCUUCGCACCCAAGGCGCCCGUCUUCUCCACCUCCUGGGCCCCCGUGCACUCCCAGUCAUCAGUGGUUUACCAUCCAUACAGUCACCAACCUCACAUAGGCACAGACUCGAGGUACGUGCGCUCAUGGCUGGAGCCGAUAUCAGGCGCAGUGACUUUCCAUGGCUAUCCGGGAAGCGGCAGGCACUACGGGCUGAAGCCCGACGCCUUCCAGGAGCACAGAGCCGGAGAGUGCCUCGGCUCCGGCGGACGGACCUACGCGGAUUAUCUGUACUGCUCGUCCACUGACACGCGAGACAAGGCGCAGCAAAACAUACCCUCUCCCGAGUCGGAGCUCCUGGCUUCGGAGAAACAUAAAGACGAGAAGCCGGAGCUAGAUCCGAAUAACCCAGUGGCAAAUUGGAUACAUGCCCGCUCCACACGGAAGAAGCGAUGCCCGUACACAAAGUACCAGACUCUCGAACUGGAAAAGGAGUUUUUAUUCAAUAUGUACCUGACUCGGGACCGCCGCUACGAGGUGGCCCGGGUCCUGAAUCUCACCGAGCGGCAGGUCAAAAUCUGGUUUCAGAACCGGCGGAUGAAGAUGAAGAAAAUGAACAAAGAAAAGAACGAUCGAAAAGAACAAUAA